UGAGUACGUCGGGUGGCGGAUGACGCAUAGGGGCCCGCCCCGAUCUUUUGACGAUGGCCUCGCUCGGCUGCUGCGAAGGCCACGCCUUCUACCAAUUCACUUUCAGCCAUGUUUCGCCGAAUUACUGUCAUCGUUCUGCUCUGCACUGCCUCCGCUUAUGCUGGAUUUUUCGAUGAUGUCACUGGUAUGGCAUCCGAUGUUGGAGAUUUCUUCGGAAAGCAGUUCAAUAACGUAAAAGAUCUAUUUGCCACUAGCCAAUCGGAACUCGAGAAGAACAUCAACAGGGUGAAGGAUUUAUUAUAUGCUGUCAAAGAGAAAGUAAAGACACUCGAGCCUUUAGCUAAUGACGCGCAGAGGAAGACUUUAGGACAGGUUGACUACUAUUUGGAGGAAGUCAAACAGUUCGGCGAACAGGUUGGCAAGGAUGGUACGGCUAAAUUCGAGGAGAACAAGGGCAAAUGGCAGCAGAUGUUGAAUGACAUCUUCGAGAAAGGAGGCUUCAACAACGUGCUCGCUCUGCUCAACUUGAAAUCCGCUGGUCAAUGUACAUUCGUUGCAGCCAUUGUUGCUCCUGUUAUUCUAGCAUUCAUUCGCUAAACAUUCACCUUGCAUUGAUGUAGCAUAUCUCCCAUUGUAAUCGACAUUUUGUUCCAUUUGUGCGUGUAUUUAGCUAUGUACUUAUAUGUGAAAUUUUUUGUGCACCGUCGUGUUCACCUCUCUUGGUAUAAGUCGCACUCCGAUGUCUCACCUAUGAUUCCACUUCUAGUUAGAAUUAAGAGUUAACAAUGUUUUGAAUGUAAAUUUCAUAAA